AUGUAUGCUUGUCUGCACGUCUGUGCAGCUAUCCUUUUGUGCAGUCAUCCAGAAGUCUGCAUGUCUUUGAAUGCUUGCGCCUCUGUCUGCGAUGCAGUUUCAGCAUGUUUUAGUCCCAACGGCAACGGCGGAGACCAUCGAUUCGACCGCCUCGAAAGCUCUGGAAUGUCUGCAUGGCAUCGCGAUCACAUGAAAAGCAGGCUCAUUAGGCAAAUGCAAGAAAAUAGCUUUUUGGACCGCGAGACCGGGCGACUCACGAGCGUAAACAAACUCGCACACACAAAUGCACAUACAAUCGUCCACAUAUCUCCGACCCCCACUCCUCUGCACACAGACGCGUCCACAUGUCCCUACCACCAAUACGGCCCCUAUUCUGUUGGUUGA